AUGCUUCUUCUUUUCAAGGCUUACUUCGUGAGCUGGACCUUCCAGUCUAGUGUCUUCGAGAAAUUGGCAGUAGAACUGCAAGAACAUUAUUAUCGACAUGAUGUCUACCAAACCCGUCGCAUACUGACAUACGAACUUCGCAACUUCUCCCGCAAUACCUGCCUCUCUCUAGCUCAUAUGUGUGAGUCCAAGUCCUUCAUUGCUCAUCCAUGUGCUCAAGCGAUUCUCUCCGAUCUGUGGUAUGGUGGUCUUCGAGAAAGCCGUUUCAUUUCAGCCAAGGUUACCCUGAUUCUCAUCGGCCUCGUACUUCCACCCUUCUACCCCAUGAUUGCGUGUUUGUUCACCUCCUCGUCUUGGAAAUUCCUGGAGUUUAAGACGUGCGAGGAGUUGUCAGCGCAGCCACAGACAUGGGAAGAAUAUUUAGACAAAAGGCAUACAUCAUCAAAAGGUUCUAGUUCUUCGAUCAGCACCACCACAAGUUUGUCUCCAAAUAGUUAUUCAACUGCAAUUAGGACCCGAGUUCUUGAUCACUUCAAUCUCACUACACCUUUGGACCUUCUCCCGUCAAUGUCUGGGCCUGUCUGGAGGAAUAAACACUUCAAGGUGAGGGCUAUAUUUCCCACAGUGACAACAAAAGAUCUAACAGAAGGAAUGCUUAUGCUAUUACAACUAUAUAUAAAGAAUCGAAUUCACGGCUUAAGUUUAAUAAAGUGUUGA